AUGGCUGAAAAUUUGGGAUUUUUGACUGAAAAUGAAGAGCUGGAUUUUGUUGGUGAGUUUUUUUGGGGGGGGGGGAAUCUGAAAAUUCAAAAAUAAUUUUAAAAUAAUUUUCACGUGACCCAAAUUUUUAUUUUCCAAAAAAAAAAAUCGAAAUUUCUCAUUUUCUAUCAAAAAUGAUUCAAAAUUUUGUGACAACUUGUGAGUUUCUGAAAAAAAAAGUUAGGCGCGAGUGGGGGUCGAACCUGGGUUGUGAAAACCGUCGGCAGGCGUGUAGACCACUCGGCCAUUAGUGAAAAUCAAAGUACACACAAAAAUGACCUUAAAAAAUCGAUUUUUUUUUCAUUUUCUCUCAAUUUUUUUUAUCAAUUUCAUCAAUUUUCAGCCAAUUCUUCAACAAAUCAUCGUGAAAUCUCCAGUAGUGAAAAUAAUAGUUCCGAAGAAUUUCGGCGAAUUGAGCAAAUCCGCCGAACACAUUGUCAUAUUUGGGAAAAUAUGGAUGAUUCCGAGAUGCCACGUCAUGAAAAUUCCGGCGAGGAAAUUAACGACGAGCAAGAAGAAAUCGAUGAUUCAAUGAGACACGUGAGUUUUUUGGGGUGAAAAAAGUGUGUCAGGCUUGCAUUUUCCAAGCUCCGCCCAUUUUUCAUCUUCUCCGUGAGAAGUACACGAAAAUUGGGUCAUUUUGAUAUCUCACAAGCCUAGGGUUUGGUGAAAAAGUGUGCCAGGCUUGCAUUUUCCAAGCUCCGCCCACAUUUUUUUGAAAUUUUCAUCUGUUUUUUGUCCGAGAGAAGUACACGAGCAAAAUGUGGUGAAAAAAGUGUGUCAGACUUGCAUUUUCUAGGCUCCGCCCACAUUUCUUUGAAAUUUUCAUCUUUUUUUUGUCCGAGAGAAGUACACGAGCAAAAUUUGGUGAAAAAAGUGUGCCAGGCUUGCAUUUUCCAAGCUCCGCCCACAUUUCUUUGAAAUUUUCAUCUGUUUUUUGUCCGAGAGAAGUACACGAGCAAAAUUUGGUGGAAAAAGUGUGCCAGGCUUGCAUUUUCCAAGCUCCGCCCACAUUUCUUUGAAAUUUUCAUAUGUUUUUUGUCCGAGAGAAGUACACGAGCAAAAUUUGGUGAAAAAAGUGUGCCAGGCUUGCAUUUUCCAAGCUCCGCCCAUAUUUCUUUGAAAUUUUCAUCUGUUUUUUGUCCGAGAGAAGUACACGAGCAAAAUUUGGUGAAAAAAGUGUGCCAGGCUUGCAUUUUUCAAGCUCCGCCCACAUUUCUUUGAAAUUUUCAUCUGUUUUUUGUCCGAGAGAAGUACACGAGUAAAAUUUGGUGGAAAAAAGCGUGCCAGGCUUGCAUUUUCCAAGCUCCGCCCAUUUUUUAUCUUCUCCGAGAGAAGUACACGGUCAUUUUGAUACCUCACAAGCCUAUGUUUUGUGAAAAAGUGUGUCAGGCUUGCAAUUUCCAAGCUCCGCCCACAUUUUUUUGAAAUUUUCAUAUGUUUUUUGUCCGAGAGAAGUACACGAGCAAAAUUUGGGGAAAAAGUGUGCCAGGCUUGCAUUUUCCAAGCUCCGCUCACAUUUCAUUGAAAUUUUCAUCUGUUUUUUUGUCCGAGAGAAGUACACGAGCAAAAUUUGGUGAAAAAAGUGUGCCAGGCUUGCAAUUUCCAAGCUCCGCCCAUAUUUCUUUGAAAUUUUCAUCUGUUUUUUUGUCCGAGAGAAGUACACGAGCAAAAUUUGGUGAAAAAGUGUGCCAGGCUUGCAAUUUCCAAGCUCCGCCCACAUUUCUUUGAAAUUUUCAUGUUUUUUUGUCCGAGAGAAGUACACGAGCAAAAAUUUGGUGAAAAAAGUGUGCCAGGCUUGCAAUUUCCAAGCUCCGCCCACAUUUCUUUGAAAUUUUCAUCCGUUUUUUGUCCGAGAGAAGUACACGAGCAAAAUUUGGUGAAAAAAGCGUGCCAGGCUUGCAUUUUCUAAGCUCCGCCCAUUUUUAUUUGAAAUUCUCAUAUGUUUUUUGUCCGAGAGAAGUACACGAGAAAAAUUUGGUGAAAAAAGUGUGCCAGGCUUGCAAUUUCCAAGCUCGGCCCACAUUUUUUGAAAUUUUCAUCUGUUUUUUGUCCGAGAGAAGUACACGAGCAAAAUUUGGUGAAAAAAGUGUGCCAGGCUUGCAAUUUCCAAGCUCGGCCCACAUUUUUUUGAAAUUUUCAUCUGUUUUUUGUCCGAGAGAAGUACACGAGCAAAAAAAAAAGUUUUUUUUUCAAAUUUUUGAUUAAAAAAAUGUUUUGCUAAUCAAAUCAUCGUGUAAAAAAGACAUUUUCAGCUUUUCCUUUUUUUUUUGCCCCAAAAAAAAUUGGGCGCGAAAAUUUGAUCUACCAAUUUAUUUUUUGGUUGAUCCUGUUCUUUGAAAACCAGUUUUGGGGAUUGAAAAAGAUAAAAAAAUUAUUGAUUUUUCAGUGUUAGUUAGGCUAAAUUCUGUUUUUUUUUUUUGAAAAAUCAUCAAAACAAGUUAGAAUAAGUUCAAAAUAACAAGAAAUUUCUGUUUUUUUUCACUUUUUUUUUGAAAAGAAACUGACCAUGACUGAAAAUCGCAUUAUUUAUGUAUUUUUUCGAAAAAAAGUUUUUAAAAGCGAAAAAAAAAUUGGUUUUUUCAUAGAUUUUUUGCAGUUUCAUCAAAAAAUUUCCCAAUUUUCAUUGAAAAUUUCACAUUUUUUUGUUUAUUUACCCAUGUUUCUGCAUUUUUCUUCUAGUUUGUGACACUGAUUAUUUUUUCAUUUAAAAGCGGUUUUGAAAUCGCAAAAAAAAAAAUUUGAUAAGCGCAUUUUUGCCGCAUUUUUUCGAGACUUUUUUAAAGGCGCAUGCCUUUUUUUAAAACUCUUUUCCUUUUAAUUUUAAGCUACAGUACCUUGAUACAUUUUAAAGGGACAAUUAGUCUUCUGGCGAGCUACAGUAAUCUUGAAAAUAGACUUUUUAAAGGCACAUACCUUUUUUUGAAAAUCUUUUCCUCUUAAUUUUAAGCUACAGUAGGAUUUCUGAGGUUUUUAAAGGUAUAUACAUCGGAAUUUUGAGCUACAGUACCUUGAUACAUUUUAAAGAAACAUAGUUUUGUGUUGAUGCUACAGUACUCCUAUUUGGCACUUUUAAAGGUACAUGUCGUUUUUCUGGCUAGAAAAAUGGAGCUACAGUAACCUUGUGAGCUCUCAAAGGGACAAGUAAGUCUUCUGGCUAAAAUUUAGGCUACAGUAAUCUUGAAAAAAUUAAAGGGACAUUAUAUUUUUCCAAGUUUCGAAACCUACAGUAAUAUGUAUCCUUAAAGGAACAUGCGCACUUUCAAAAUUCAAAAAUUUCAAAAAUUUUGUCCCGCCCAUUUUUUUAUUCGAUCAUCAAUCAUCAUCCCACAUUCUUCUUGUUGUUUUGAUUUUGUCCAAAAAAAUUUUUGACAUUUUCCCCAAUUUUUUCUUAUAUUUAUAGGCUUCUUUAGGAAAGACUUCAAAUUAUUUUUCAAAAAAAAAAAAAUUUAAAGUUUUCCCGAGUUCAAAUAUUAUAAAUCUACAGUAAUCUUAAAGGUACAUAACUCCAUUUUUUUUUGAUUUCCCGCCAAAAUUCAAGGACUUCCUAUUUAUUUUUUAUUAUUAUCAAAAAAAAAUAUGAAAUCAUGCGCUUCGCUUUUUUCUUUUUUGACUCAUUUUUCACUCUCAUAUGACGUUUGAGGUUUCGUUUUUGCUUAGAACCAGGAAAAAAUUGAUAACAGGUUCAUUUUUAAUGUCAAAAUUUUGUGUAUGAACUCUUAUUUUUCUGAGUCAACAUGUUCCUUUAAAAAUGGGCUACUGUAAGUUAAGCAGAAUUCUCAAUGUUCCUUUAAAUGUGUGCAGACUACUGUAGUUGGGUUACUGUAUGAUGUUCCUUUGAAAAUAGAGAUUACUGUAGUUGCUCUAUGCUCCUUUAAAAUUUCUUUAAAAAUACGUUUUCUCCCGAAUUCUCAAUGUUCCUUUAAAUGUGUGCAGACUACUGUAGUUGGGUAUGAUGUUCCUUUGAAAAUAGAGAUUACUGUAGUUUCGGGAUGCUAUGCUCCUUUAAAAUUCGUUUCUGAUGGGAUACUGUACCUUGGAAUUAAGCUGAAGAAAAUCUACAUUAAUACUGUAGAUUAUACUGUAUGUUCCUUUAAAUUACUGUAGUCUAUCAUGUUUUUUUUUUGAAAAAAUUUUUGAUCAAAUUUAUUUUUUUUUGUCAAAAAUCAUCGUCUUUUUCGAAUUUUGACCCUGAUUAAAUCAAUUUUUUCUUAUCAAAAAAAAAUGAAAAAAUUUCGCGAGAAAAAGUGGCAUUUCCAUAAUUUAUGUGAUUUUGCGAAUAAUUAAUUUUUUGGCGGGAAAAUCAGGGAGUACUGUAGUGCACAAACUGUUUUUGAUUUUUUUGAUGAUGAUGUUUUUUUGUCGGAGAAAAUUAAUUAAUUAAUUAACCAGAAGGCCUCCGCCGGCUAACGCCGGCUCCUCCUUCUGGAUUGUCCCGGCUUCGCGUAUAGUUUUCUUUAGGUAUAACGUUUUAAACGGUUUUAUUCUUGAGAACUGUGCCCUUUGAAAAAAGAUGAAAUGGUGGUUCCUGGGACGUUCAAACUUGAACUAAAUCUCCCCUCCGUAUUUUUUACCUAUAAAAAUAAAUUGCAGACAUAGCUCAUUCUGAGAUCUAUUGCAGAAAAAUGUUUCCCUGAAAUCGUCUAAAAAUGCGACAAACUUGUCAUUUUUGAAAAUUUUAAAAAGAUUUCCAUUAAGUUUUAAUUUCUCUUAUUAGGAAUCAUUUUCUCAAGUGUUCAAUUUUCGACUCUAAAAGUGGACUAACAAAUUCCUUGGUGUUUAGGGAUUAUAGAUUUUAGAUUUUCGAAAUUCAAAAUUCGAGCUCGAAAACUAUCUCUUUAAAAACUGCUUUAUUUUCUUGAAAUUCUUUUUUCAAUGCCUCUCAUUUUUUUCCUAUGUUUUGUUUAGAACUGAUUUUUCUAAUUUUGAAGUUCAGAAAACAAAAAACACAGAGUCUACGGAACCCAUACAGAAAUUUCAUAGAAAAAUAUCUGGAUCUGAACUGAAGGUUUUAGGGGGAAAAGAUGGGGUUCAGAACCUGAAGGCUUAAAUUUAAGAAAAAGUAAGGAAUUGAACAUCUAAUUAUAUAAUUCUCAAAAUCUCUUUAUUCCGUCAAUACUCCUCAUUUCUUCUGAAAAACGCUCUUUUGUUCCAAAACCAUUAUUCUGAUCGAAAAGUCACAGAGUAAUUUACUAUUCAAAAUAUUUCACGCAUUUUUCGAGACCUGACACGAAUUUAGGGGUGGGACUACAAAUCGAUGGAAUCAACGCAAGAAAUGAAAGAUUUAGUGAAAUAUUUGAAGUCUAGUGAUUUGGAGCAGCGAAUUACAUAAUGUGAAAUCCAUUUUGCUGUACAAUCCCAUUUUCUUAUUCAAAUCCAAAUUUUCUACGUCUCAAAAACUAAACCACAUUUGGAGAAACUGCUCUAAAAAUCUAUAUCCAGAGAGCAAAGAAAUGCUGCCUUAUUUUCUGAGUAAGCUUCUAUUCCAUCUGAAAUUUUCAGAGCCGUGGAAGAUAAAACCAAAGUACAGUAAACUCCGCCGCCAUUUGAUUAUUUUCAUUGAGAAGAAAUGAUUGGUUUUCUCGGCCAUGUCGGUUCUCUUCCAAGGCUCACAAAAUUUUGGAUUGAUAAUAAUUCAAUUCUAUUAUUAUAAUUGUUUGGGCUUAACUAUUGGGAUUCCCAAACACAUCAAAACUCACUAUCAAACAUUCACAUUAAAGUAUUUGUUUUUCUUUUUGAAAAAGAAAUUAUCCAAUAUCUGAAAGUUCGAACAAAUUAUGAAUUUAUCCACAGUAAUAUAACUCACUUUUUUCUAUUUAUUUUCAAACCGAUUAGGAAUAGAGUAAUAGCGAGAAAUGAUUAAAAAUGUCCCGCUAUGACUGAGCAAUAAAAAGAUCAGAUAAGAGACGUGACCUAGCCAUUUUUCCCGAUUAAAAACGUGUUCAUUCUUUUCUACACGAAAAAAGUUUUGAUUUUUCACGUGAAAACUUGCGCACUUUUGAAAUAUUUCGAAUGUCGUGCAUCAUCUACAAAGAAUUUGGAGCAUCUAGGUCUAAGUCUCAUUCAAAACGGUCUUCUAGAAAUUGAGUUACGGUCGGCGACACAUUUUUAUUUUCAAAAAUACAUUGAAUUUCAGGAGAUUUUUCAGUUAAAAGUUUCCCCGCGCACUACAUGAAAUUAUUUUUGAACUUGGUAAAGCUCCCCACCAUGCUGCCAAAAUUUGGAAUCUUUUCAUUUUUUAACCAAAACUUUUCAUGCAGUGGGAGUUGAGAACGGGCUCCGGACAUACGCACCUCUUAAAAAGCAGUUUCCAAUUAGUAUAUAGUAGAUUAGGAUUUGUGACCAUGAUUUUUCGAUUUAUCACAAAUCGAAAAUAAAAAGUGACGUUUUGUGUUUUGAGUGCGAAAAUAGGGCUACAGUACUCUAGGGGGUACUGUGGAUUUUGUAGUGUAAAAUAGCUACAGUACCCGGAAAAUUUUUAGAAGGUACAGUAAUUUGAGGGUUACUGUACCUCUUUAGAACCUUCAGUACCUCUCAAAGGAUCAUGGUGAUCUCAAAAACCUACAGUAGCCCUGGGGUACUGUAGAAUCCUCGGAGAAAAUUUUGAAAUUUAGCCACUAAAUCCCCUAGAGUUUAGAUCUACAGUACCUACAGUACCUCUAGAUGUUUUAAAGGAACAUUGUGAUCUCUGAAACCUACAGUAAUCUUGUUGAAAAUCUUCAUAUAAACCAUGUUAAUUUUAACCCCCUACAGUACUCCUCUGUUUUUGAAGGAACAUGGGUGAAAUUGUGAUCUCUGAAAUCUACAGUAAUCGCAGCAUUUUUGAUCUCUAUUACAAUUAUGAAUAUAAGUUACAGUAACCUUUCUACAGUACCCCCUAGAUUUUUUAAAGGAACAUUGUGAUCUCUGAUCAGAAAUUCACGUUUUUUUCACCUCAUUCUAUUUUUAUUGUAAUUUUCUUGCAAGAAUGACAUCAAAAUUCCGCCUUCUCCUCUUUUUUUAUUUUCUGUCGCCGGCCGCCAAAAAAAAACACACAUAAAAGUUGAUUUGAUUAGCAAAUCUUUGUGUUUUUCGCGUCGGGUUCCAGUGUACGAAAUACUGGAACAUCUUCUUCUACCAAUUUUCAGUUGUGUUUUUUUGGCGCCAGAAAAUUUUUUGAACUUUUUUUCCCCCGAAAAAAAUUGUGCCAUUUUUUCUGAAAAUUUUUCCUGAUGUUCCUUUAGGGUACUGUAGGUUUCAGAAAUGUUGCUUUUCAAAUUUCCAUUUUUUUUUGGUAUCUCUAAUUUUCUGGGGCUACUGUAGUUUAGUGGAAUUACUGUAUCGAUAUUUUAUUGGACUACAGUACCCUUGGAUUACUGUAGAUUAAAAUUUUGGAUUUUGAAUUUUCGAUCCAUUUUUUUUCUUGGAUUUCUGAAUUUUUCCGGCUUACUGUAGUUUUAGAGGUGGUACUGUAGUUAUGUUUCAUCAGACUACAGUACCCCAUGGAUUACUGUAGAUUAAAAUUUUUGAUCCAUUUUUUUUUGGAUUUCUGAAAUUUUCUAAGGCACUGUAGUUUCGGAAGAUUUACUGUAGCAAUUCUGAUUACUGUAGAGCUACAGUACCCUCAGAUUACUGUAGGUUCACCAUUUCUAGCCUACAGUAUCCCAUGGAUUACUGUAGAUUUGAAUUUCGAAUUUUUGAUCCAUUUUUUUGGAUUUCUGAAAUUUUCUGGGGUACUGUAUCUACAUUUUUUUCGCGCCAAAAAAAUUCAAAAAAAAAAUUUUGUCUUGUUACAAAAAAUGUUACAAAAAGAUUUAUCGGAAUUUGAUUUUUUCAAAAAAAAACCAGAUUUUUUCUUCGUUUUUAUUGAUAAUAUUCAUGAAUAGAGAUGAAUUAUUUAUUUAUUUGCAUUUUUUUUCGAAAAAUUUUUCUUUUCUUUGAUUUUCUUUUGUCCAAAACAAACUUUAUUGAAAAUUGCAAAAUAUUUACCGUUUUAAGACCCCGCAAAAAUGACAGUUUCGAUAAUUUCCAACGAAAAACGCGAUUCUUCAACUACACAUUUGGAAGAUUCGCUGUCUGAAAAUUCGUCGACGAAUUCUGAAAAUAUGACUGGACACGGACAUUCGCACGAUCAUAAACAUGAUAAGGUUUGAAAUUUGGAGCAUUUUGAGACCAAAUGAGCCUAGGGUUACUGUGGAUUUCGGCCUGGUUUUUCGGCCUUAGAUUUCUGAGCAUUUUGAGACCCCACAAGCCGAGGGUUACUGUAGAUUUCGGCUCUCUACAGUAACCCAAAAUAUUUUUUGAUCUACAAAAAUUUGCGGUCAUUUUGAGACCCCACAAGCCUAGGGUUACUGUAGAUUUCGGCUCUCUACAGUAACCCAAAAUAGUUUUUGAUCUACAAAAAUUUGCGGUCAUUUUGAGACCAAAUGAGCCUAGGGUUACUGUAGAUUUUUGUUCUCUACAGUAACCCAAAAUAUUUUUUGAUCUACAAAAAUUUGCGGUCAUUUUGAGACCCCACAAGCCUAGGGUUACUGUAGAUUUCGGCUCUCUACAGUAACCCAAAAUAUUUUUGAUCUACAAAAAUUUGCGGUCAUUUUGAGACCCCACAAGCCUAGGGUUACUGUGGAUUUUUGCUCUCUACAGUAUUUUCUGAUCUACAAAAAUUUGCGGUCAUUUUGAGACCAAAUGAGCCUAGGGUUACUGUGGAUUUUUGCUCUCUACAGUAACCCAAAAUAUUUUUUGAUCUACCAAAAAUUUGCGGUCAUUUUGAGACCCCACAAGGCUAGGGUUACUGUGGAUUUCGGCUCUCUACAGUAACCCAAAAUAUUUUUUGAUCUUCAAAAAUUUGCGGUCAUUUUGAGACCCCACAAGCCUAGGGUUACUGUAGAUUUCGGCUCUCUUGGGUUACUGUAGACCAACACAAACUACUCGUGUACUUCUCUCGGACAACUGGUUUUUUUGUGAACUUUUGUUUUUGCAAAACUAAUUAAUUAAUUAAUUUGGGGAAAAAAUCUGAAAAUGGGGAAUUUCCAGCCAAAAAAAGGCCCAAAAAAAAUCCUUCCAGGGUCGUCGGGCCGAAAAAGUCCUAUGGGCCGUGGCGGCCCUCUCGGCCGUCUUCAUCGCCGCCGAAUUUGUCGGCGGGUUCUGGGCCGAAAGCCUGGCGAUCAUGACCGACGCCGGUCAUAUGCUAUCCGAUUUGUUGAGCUUCAUCAUCUCGAUUUUUGCGAUCAGAUGUGCCAGAAUGCCUGGUGAGUACUGUAGCUGGAAGCAUUGCUCAUAUUAGAGAAAAACAUUUGCAGCUUCGAAGCGUCUAAGUUUUGGUUAUGAGAGAGCCGAAGUUUUGGGAGCUCUGACUUCGGUGAUUAUUUUGUGGGUGCUCACGACGAUUUUGGUGGUGAUGGCGAUUCAGAGAAUCGCUAAAAAUGAGCAUGGUAAGAUUGGGUAAUUAAUUAAUUAGCUAAUUACUUAAGUCACUUAAUGAUUCAGAUAGCCUUAAUUACUUUAAUUAGCUAAUCAGGUAAUUAAUUUCCUAGUUAAUUAGUAGUAUAAUUAGCUAACAACAUAAUUGACUAGCUAAUUAGUUACCUUAUUAUCUAGGUAAUUAAUUAAUGCUCUUCUUAACUAGACUUUUAUAAUUAGUUAAUUAACUGAUAGCUAACUAACUAAGGUAACUAACUAAUUAAUAAAUACGAUAAGUAGGUAACCUUAAUUGCUAAUUAAUUAAUUAUCUCAUUAAUUAACCACCUAGGCUAGAAAAUUUUGAAUUUUUGAAUUUGGCGCGCUCGGGUCUCGACGCGAUUUUCACCUCGAUUCUCAAAAGAUCGGAUUUUUUCUGGAAAAUUUCAGAUUUUUAAGCGAUGUUUAAUUAGCUAACAACAUAAUUGACUAGCUAAUUAACUGAUAAAGUAAUUAAGUAACCCUACCCUAAUUGCUAAUUAAUUAAUUAUCCAAUUAAUUGCAGACGUUGAUGCUGACAUAAUGCUGAUCACAGCUGGAGUCGGAGUACUAUUCAACAUAAUCAUGGGCCUAGUUCUACACUUUGGCACCGGUGGACACGGUCAUUCACACGGCGGACAUUCGGGACACUCGCACGGCCCCAAUCCAGAUGGUAAAAAUGUGAAUGUUCGCGCCGCGCUAAUCCACGUCAUUGGUGAUUUGGUGCAAUCGAUUGGUGUACUAAUCGCGGCGAUUGUCAUCAAAUUCACCGGAUGGACAUUGGCCGAUCCGAUUUGCACGUUCUUUUUUUCGAUAAUUGUACUAUUUACCACUUGUCAUGUGAUGAGGGAUAUUAUUUUUGUGCUCAUGGAAGCCACGCCGAGUCAUUUUGAUUUGAAUGACAUUAAGAAGGUGUUGAGUGGCUUGGAGGGUGUGAAAGGUGUGCAUGAUAUGCAUUUGUGGUCGAUUGGUAUGGAUAAGACGGCGUUUAGUGUGCAUUUGGCGUUGGGUGAGUGGGAUUUGGAGCAUUUUGAGACCACACAAGCCUAGGGGCCCUUGAAAUCGGAGCAUUUUGAGACCCCACAAGCCUAGGGGUACUGUAGUUUUUGGCGCGAAAAUUUCUGAUCCACACAUUUUUAAGAUUUGGAACAUUUUGAAAUCCCACAAGCCUAGGGGUACUGUAGUUUUUGGCGCGAGAAAUGUUUGAUCUACACAUUUUUAAGAUUUGGAGCAUUUUGAGACCCCACAAGCCUAGGGGUACUGUAGAUUUCAAGUUCAAAGGUUUGAUCUACAGAUUUUCAGACAAUUUUAGAGGUACUGUAACUUUUUGAGCUUCUGCUCAGUGUUACUGUAAUUAAAAAAAAUUUGAGACCACACUGGGUUACUGUAGGCGCGAAAAUUUUUGAUCUACAUAUUCUAAAGCUGAUCUGGAUGCCUUCUCCUACAGUAAUCCAACAUUUUUGGCGGGAUCCUUUGAUCUACCUACAAUUUCUCAAGCCUACAGUACCCCGAACUACAGUAAUCCAAAAAAAUCCCGAUCAGUAUUUUUUCAUCUACAGUAACCCUUAGCUACAGUAUCCCUAUCAUAUUUGGUCUCAAAAUGAUGCAAAUUUUGAUCUACAGUAUUUUCUCAUCUACAGUAUCCCUUAGCUACAGUAACCCUAUCAUAUUUGGUCUCAAAAUGAUCGAAAUUUUGAUCUACAGUAUUUCGUGACCUACAGUAUCCCUUAGCUACAGUAACCCUAUCAUAUUUGGUCUCAAAAUGAUGCAAAUUUUGAUCUACAGUAUUUUCUGACCUACAGUAACCCUUAGCUACAGUAACCCUAUCAUAUUUGGUCUCAAAAUGAUCCUAAUUUUUUUUCCCGAAUUUCAGAAUCCGCUGAUCGAGCCAUGGAAACUGUUGCCGACGCUCGCCGACUCAUCAAACGACAAUUCGGAAUUACGGUGGCCACAAUUCAAGUCGAACCUUUUGACUCGCAAAUUGACUCGUGUGAUAAAUGCCAAACCGAUGAGCCUGAAGCCUAA